CUCAUCUACCUGAAGGUGACAGCCCUGCUCUUUCCCACAUCGGACUUCAGACACCCGGUUACGACUCCAGCGCUGCUUUACAUCAGCCAGGCUCUCACCAAGUGUCCAGUGAGGUCAUUACAGGACGUGACAUCAGGUUUAGUGCUGUGCUCGCUGGCAGUGGAGUAUGUCUCUUUUUCAAAGCGCUUCCUGCCUGAACUCAUCAACUUCCUGGCUGGAAUGCUGCAUCUGGCCGUGCAGGACAAGACCUCUCUAGAUUACACUGUAGUGCUGCCAUUUAGGCCGUCGGGGAAGUGCAGUAAUCUGCUGGUGUUGUCAGACGCGGAGUCCUGCAAGAGCUGGAGCAAGAAAAGUCUCCCACUGUCUGCGACCCAACACCUGGAGCUCAAAGAUGACCUCGACAGAGAUCACCAUAGAUUGAUGUGUCUGUCUACUUGCCUUGACCUGGUGAAGAGAUGCUGCCAGCUCUACAAAGACCUCGUGUCCUUUACACACAUCUUCCAACCAAUCAGAACGCUGCUUUCCAAACAUCUUUCAGCCCAAACAUUACCAGAGCAUUUACAGGAGCUUUGCAGUGAGAUCCUGGAGACCAUCAGCAGUGCUCCUGUGACUCACAGCCGACUGGUUUUAGAGAAGAAGAAGCCGAUUCCUCUAAAGCUGCUCACACCCAAGAUUGUAGAAGUGCUGGACUAUGGAAAGAAGCGUGGCAGCACCCGAGAGGAGAGAGAGAAGGAGAGAUUGAAGCACAAGUACAAGAAGGAGUUCAAAGGAGCUCUGAGGGAGAUCAGAAAGGACACGCGCUUCCUGGCCAGAGAGAAGCUCACUGAGGUCAUGAACAGAGAUGCAGAGAGGAAGAGGAAAGUGAGGGAACUCUUUGGCAGUUUGGCCACACAGGAGGGAGAGUGGAAGGCCCUGAAGAGGAGGAAGAGGAAGUGAAGUACAAAAUCUCAGUUUUUAUCACUUCUCUCUGUCAUGUUUCCCCUGUCAAAUGGACAUCUCCCAUCCGGAUGUGGAUAACAGCCUGUACGAGGCGAAAAUGUCAAACUGGGAACUGUUUUGUACUUGUUUUUUUUAACACAAGAUGGAUAAAACUUCCUUGUUGCAACACACAUUUUAUACUAUUUGACACAUAGCUGUCAGUAAUACACGCCAAGUUGUCAAAUAUUAUGAUGUAGGCGUCUGAUAGGACGGUCAGAUACUGUUGGAAGUGUCAGUCGACACAGCAGUGAAUACUUGGUUUGCAUUUUCCUUUUUUUCCCACCAAAAUCACUAUAUUUUGCUAAAAUACAGAAAAACAAUAAAUGAAAGUAUCACUCUGUUCCCUCGCCCUCUAUCAACAGUGUAUUUGUGUUUCCAGUCACAUUCAGUAAAGUAAGAUUCUUGGUUAUUCCCACUAUGACAAAAAAGUCAAAUAUUUUUAUUCAAAUGCUCUGAUAAAGGGGGGUUGGUACAAAGGACCCUCUAAGGUCGGAGCUAUGUAUGGCUAAAAAAAUAAAAUCUGAAUGCAAAAAUGCAAAACACAAA